GGCCCAGCCCCUAGAAAUGGGCAACAAGGUGCCAUAUGGGCAUGCGUCAUAUUUCACUGUAGCCUACCUGUUGUGUCAAGCUCAGGUCCACCAGUUCGUGGUCGUAUAGCUAAACCUUGUUUGGUUGGGUCCACGUUCCCAGCUGUUGCACCGUCUCUUGUUUCAGAUUAGGAUUAUACGGUCGUUGUGCGCUACGUGCAGCAGACGCAUAGUCGCCACUGCCUGUGUCAUCCUACGUCCCGUGCCUUUGAAUGCUUGGUUUGUGUGUGCAUUUGGUGUGAGCAGUGCACGUGUGAUGUGACCUCCUGGAGGUAAUACCCCACUUCCUAAUAACCCUUCCUGACUGCUUCCUCAGUUGACAAAUGAGUGUGCCCCUAGUGGGCUAGUUUGAUUCCACCUAGAUUCCAACUAUUUCCCUGUGCGAAACUCCCAGGGUGGCGUAGUCCUGCAUGUGCUCUGAUAUGCGGCUGGUGGUGGUAGGCGGACAUCAGUCCGGCAAAACGUCACUGAUCAACACUGUGCUUGGCCAGCAUGAGCCUGAGUCUGGGAGACGAACACUCAGCUGCAUGAGGAGAGAGGGGGAGGUCGAUGGCAGGAAGCUCAUCUUCGUUGACACCCCUGGCUGGUGGAGGAACUACCCUUUGAUUGACACAGCAGAGUUUAAGAAACAGCAGCUCAUGCUGAGUCCGUCUAUGUGUCCACCAGGGCCUCAUGCUUUUGUGCUAGUCAUUGGAGCUGAUGGCCCGUUCACUGAGAAGAACAGGAGAUCUGUAGCGGAGCACCUGGGGCUCUUUGAUGAGAAAGUUUGGGAACACACCCUAGUGGUGAUCACUGGGGUAGACAGAAGCAAACAGGAGCACAUUGACAGUCAAGGUGGGGCCCUGAGGUGGGUAAUAGAUAAAUGUAUGAACAGAUAUCACAUAUUUGAGAAUGAGAGCAUGACAGAACCACAGCGGAUAACCCAGCUGCUGGAUAAGAUAGAGUGUAUCAUAACAAACAACAGCGGUAGCGAUUUUCCACUUGAUGAGAAGGCUUUAAAGGAAGUUGAGGAGAAGAGGAAAUUGAAUCAGGAGAAAGCCAGCUCCAGAAGCCUGAGGGUCAAGAGUCAAAGAGAAACACUCAGUAAACAAGCUCAGGUCCUGCUGCUGCCAGAGGUGCAGAUUCUCCUGCUAGGCUGGGUGUGCUCUAGAAAAACCUCGGCAAAAAAUAUCAUCCUGAACAAAAAGGAAAUUGUAGGCAUGAGAAGAACUGUCCGGGCUGAUGUAGAAUCUGUCGUUGCUGGAAGGAAGAUCACCGUGGUAGACACCCCUGGCUGGUGGAAGUACCUCUCUGCCCAGUUCACCCCAGACUGGGUGAAGAAUGAGCUGAGAAGAAGUGUAACGCUUGAUGGUAAAAAUCCUCACGCAAUUCUCCUGGCAAUCCCUGCUGAUACCACUUUCAGAGAGGAACAGAGAAAGAUCACUGUAGACAACAUGAAGAUGUUUGGAGAGCAGGUCUGGAGACACACCAUAGUGCUGUUCACAUGUGGAGACCUGCUGGGAGAGACGACCAUCGAGGAACACAUAGAGAGCGAAGGAGAACCUUUGCGAUGGCUAGUAGAGAAAUGUGGGAACAGAUAUCAUGUCUUGGGUAAGGACCAAGACGAGGAAAGCCCGCAAGUCACAGAGCUGCUCAAGAAGAUCGAUGAGAUGGUGGCUGGGAAAACCUUUUUCAGUCUUUGUGAAGCAACCCAAACACCUAAUGUUGAGGAGAUGACUGUAAAACCAAACAAAACAAAUGCUGACAUGGUGAAGUUCUUGGAUCAGGAAUGGAACAGGAUGGACAAAGAGAUGGAAGAGAUGUUCAAAAAUAUGUACAGUCAAACCUUUCAAGUGAAAGGAAAUACCAGCAUCAAUACGCCUCCUAACUGUGAGUACAGUCAAACCUCUGAGCUGAAAGGAAGUAAAAGCAUGGAAUAUUUUCCCAACUUUCAUGACAGUGAACCAUCUUCUGAUGCCACUGUGGGUGAAAGGUCAAAGUGCACCAGUCCACUGACCACACAUCAGAAUACUUCAGAGAGUGAGGGUGAAGCAGGGCUCUCUGGGCAAGCUGAAGGGGAGGUGCCUCAGACAGAGAGCAGCAACAACCCUGAAGAUCCUCUGGAGGAAAUGAGGGAGAUGCUGGAGCAAGAGUGGGGGAGGCGGGAGGUGAUGGCCAUGGAGAGGUUUAUGGGGAUCCUGUCAGGACAACAGACAUUCACAGGUCCAUCAUCUGAAGCUGAUGAGCACGAUCGUGAACUCUCCAGAAGAAAGGUCCUCAGAUGGUUGGAUACAUCUGGAUACGGCUCUUUUGAUGAUUAAUACAACUAUGAAAAUGAAUAACAUGCGGAUGACUCAUUACAUAUACCGAUAAGUAAACUAGGUUUUUAUAUGCACUCUGAGGUGAUAGGAUCUUGUCUCCAUCUCUUUCAUAUAGUCAGUUUGCUCUUCAUCAUGUUUAGAAAACUGUGUCGGCUAUAUGGCGAAAUGAUCUUUAAAAUGAUCCUGUAACAUUUAAAGGAUGAUUGUUUUUGCUUUUAUUUACUCAUCCAAGUUCAUGGUUGUUAGUUGAGUUGAAUGUUUUUAACCUGAGUGUGCAUUUACAUUGGAAUAGCUCAGCAAACCCUGAACAAAAAAUACAUUUCUAUAAGUUUAGUAUAUAUAUAUAUAUAUUCUUAUUAGACACCCAAAAAGAGUAUGAAAUAUAUAUUUUUGAUAGGUAUAUUUAUAUUUAUACUGUUUUACCCCAAGAAUAUUUGACUUGUCAUUGAUGAUGGAAUGUUUGCUACUCAUUAUUUAAAAAUAAAAUCCUUCCAUAAUCCAG